UCGAUAGGUGCGGCUGUGUAGAGCGUGAAAUGAACGACGAUUUCUUAAAGGAAUUGAACACAAAAUGUUUUCAAAAUGUAUAGUUUUACUAAUCGUUGCAGCCAGUUCAGUUAGAACUACAAAACCAGAGCUAACAAAACAAGUCGAGGAUGAAAUACUCGGCAAAUCUGGGGAAAAACCUCAGCAACAUGCAGAAAAAAAAUCAGCCUAUCUGUUCCAUGACUGCCUUGAUAGGUUUCGGUGUCACGAUGGGACCUGUAUACUUCAACAAUUUGUGUGUGAUGGUGUUUUUGGAGACUGCUUAAAUAAUGAGGAUGAAAUGAAUUGCAAUAAACAUAAAUGCACGGUCAACGAGUUUAAAUGUAACAAUGGUAAAUGCAUUCCCUCCCAUUGGCACUGUGAUGCCAUUUUUGAUUGCGAUGACCACGAGGACGAAGGUGGUAAUUGCAAGUAUUUGGCAUGCGAAGAAGAUGAAUUCCAAUGUUUAGUCGGUACGUGUAUCCCCGGUAGGUGGCGCUGUGAUGGUGAAUACGAUUGUAAUACUUUUGAAGAUGAAGAAGAUUGUGAGUUCUGCAGGUCGGAUGAAUUUAGAUGUGAUUCGGGAGUAUGCCUAUCGAAUACUUUGGUGUGUAAUCAUAACAAUGACUGCGAACAUGGAGAAGAUGAACAUUUGUGUAUGGGAUACAAUCAAGUAUGCUUCGGACAAUAUAUGUGCGACUACGGCACUUGUUUUCCACUGGACGUCUUGUGUGAUGGCAUCAAACAGUGUAUAGACGGCCAGGACGAAUCAAACUGUUUGGCGUGCUCAUCUACGCAGUUCAAAUGCUGGGAUGAUAAAUGCAUUGAUCAUUACCGUUUAUGUGACGGAUACGGAGACUGUUCAGAGGGAGAGGAUGAGCAUCAUUGUGUGGACAAAUGUCACGACGGAUUCUUGUGUGACGAUGGCUCCUGUAUAUCAGCAUCAGACGUAUGUGAUACAACACCUGAUUGUUUCUAUGGUGAAGACGAACGGUCCUGUGGGUGCUACGAUUAUGAGUUUGAGUGUAACGACGGUUCGUGUAUUGGCAGAAGGUUAAAAUGUAAUGGUUACGUUGACUGUGCCGACGGUUCGGACGAAGAGGAGUGCGUGUCUAGCUGCGGCGAAAGGAUGACUUGCCGUGAUGGUCAAUGCGUUUCUUUUGCGUUUAAAUGUGACGGAAUUUUUGAUUGCAGUGAAGGGGAAGACGAAUUGGGAUGUGAGACCGUUGCCUGCACCGAAGACAGUUUUAUUUGUAUUAACGAACUGUGUAUUGAGCAAUCAGAGGUGUGUGACGGAAUUGUUGACUGCCCUGAGGAAGAAGAUGAAGAAAACUGUUUAUUUGCACCUCAUUUAUAUUGUUGUGAAAGUGGAGCUUGCAUAUUCAAGGAUGAAGUUUGUGACGGAUAUGUGCAUUGUGAACAUGGUGAUGAUGAGCGGGGUUGUACCCCCAAUUGUAUCGAUCGAUUUCAGUGUUCCGAUGGUCAGUGCAUAGAACUUGAUCAGGUAUGUGAUGGUCACGUGGACUGUAUUGAUGGUAAAGAUGAGACGGUUUGUGGCUUCAAAGGCAAGUGCGGAGAUAAAGUGUUUUGGUGUUCUGAUGGAAACUGUAUUCCUAAGGAGUACCAUUGUGACGGAGCAUUUCCCGAUUGUUACGAUGGCUCUGAUGAACAUUUAUGCAUUACUGGACACUGCAAUUCCCUACAAUACUUUUGCGAGGCUGAUAAUAUUUGCAUGAACAAAUCUGUAGUUUGUGAUGGCUACAACGAUUGUAGUGACCAUGCUGACGAGGAGGAUUGUUCAGACCCUAUAUGCAAAUAUGACCAGUUUCUGUGUGAAUACAGCAAUCAAUGUAUUCCGAUUGAGUGGCGAUGUGACGGCUUUCUCCAAGACUGUAUAAAAGGAGAAGACGAGUGGCAUUGUCCUGGUCUUUGUACUGAAAAUCAAUACCAGUGCAUAUACGGAAAAUGUAUCGAACUCUCUACACUUUGCGAUGGCGCUGUUGAUUGUUCCUACUAUGGUGAUGAUGAACAUGUGGAGCAUUGUCCAAAAGACGUCAUUAAAGAAAUUGUCGAUGAAAUUCGUAGCAUACGUGAUGCUAUAGUGUCGGCUGAUUCAGAUUCAAGGAAAAGUAGACAGGCACUUGCCGACUCUCUGACAAAUGUAUUAUAUGAACUACAAGCAUUUUUAUCUCAUGAUUCAAAUUACUUGGGCUUUCCUGUAGAGCGUGAAAUAAAUCCGUUAUCAGCGAUUAACAUUGCUGAAAUCUAUGCCAUGUUGCAACAUGCACGAACGAUCAUGAAAAGUGCAGAACCUGUAUAAUUCGUCGAGUGACAAUGACAACGCAACUAGGCUGUCGUCUUUUAAGAAAAAUAAUACAUCCAUCCACAAACCUUUAAACUGUGCGGGAUAUACGCAAAGAAAUAUAUGUCACGAAACGCGCUUAGAACAGGUGACUCAGAUAUCCUUUGAUUUAGAUAACCGGCGAGCAAUUACAAUAUUGAAGAUAAGAGGAAAAAUCAAUAUUUAUGGUCAAUAACUGAUUUUCUAGCAGACGAACAUUAACCGCAAACUAUUUGUAAUUGUGCCAUAUUGUUUCAAAAUUACCUUACUGAUUGAAUAUGUAAGUGAUUUGUCACAUACGAUAUGUUAAAACAAAAGCAUUUUACGUUUACGUCGUCAAGGCGUGCCUACUGUACGUCUGUGCCUACCUGGAUGACAUCACUUAAGUCGCAAUAAAGUAUACCAUCGAUUAACACUUUCUGAUCUGUGUCAUUGCAGCAAUUGUUCUAAUCAUACUCUGUAGACAUGACAUUUUAUAGCGAGACCAACCGUAGUAGAUACAAAUGCUUUCAGUAAUCCAAUUCCUGUUACUAAAUCGGGGUACUUUUAUACUCUUAUCGCCAAGACGGCUCGCGUUAACAAUAUACAUAUUAGAUCAAGCAACAGGGAGACGAUCCGUCGCAUUUAUAGAAUCCCCGAGUUCAACAUAUUACAGGAUAUUGUUUUAGUUAUUGAUUAGUUCAUUAUUAAAGAUUUCAACCCAGGCCUACAUGAACUAAUAAUGGUAUAAAGUAUACGGUAUGUGGUUGAUUUCAUCUCCAACAAGCGUAUUAGGCCUAUGAAAUACUGAGCAUAAUACGAGUUGGGGCAUUUCUUAUCGAAUUUCAAACCGGUCUAAUAAUAAUUACACUCUGGUUUUCUUUUGUCAUACCCAGUCGAUAAACAGACCUUCAGAGUGGAUACAAAAUAGCAUGCAAACACGUUUAGAUCUACAAACAUAAUAAAUCUAUUCAAAUCAUGCCGACUUGCAGUCCAUCAGUGAUUGAAGGAAAUUUUCCUGAGGAUACGCUCUGCAAUCGCUAUUUAAUUCCAUAAUCAAUCAUCAAUCUAUUUAUACCCAGAGGACAAUUGCAACUUGCUUAAUCGUUCCAACUGUACACACGCGGCGGCUAUUCCUUUUGAUAAGUGCUGCGACAUAUAUUCAAGUCGUCAUUAUAUUUAACAUACAGGUGUAACUAAAUGGUAUGCUUAACAAAUGUGUAUUAAGAACAAGUGUACAGCUUGCUUCAUUAUUAACACUGAAACUGACUCUAAUAUUACGUUGUUCAUUAUCAUAUACUGGACGGAUAUUAUUACUAAUCUGGCAUUGACUAACCAAAAACGAAUUUUAAUAACAAUUAUGCUGGUGUUCAGACAUAAUAAUAACCAUAAGCUUAUAUAUGUUGAACUAUAUAUAAACUUUCAACAGUAACAA